GGGGGGCGCGACCCGGCGGCCGCUGCCGCCUUCCUGCUGGGCCCGAACGCCGACCCGGCCAUGGCGCUGCUGGCCGAGCACCUGCUGAAGCCGCUGCCGGCGGACAAGCAGAUCGAGACGGGACCCUUCCUGGACGCCGUGGCUCACCUGCCGCCCUUCUUCGAUUGCUUUGGCUCACCUGUGUUCACCCCGAUCAAAGCGGAUAUCAGCGGAAAUAUCAAGACAAUCCGGGCUGUUUACGAUACAGACCCUUCCAAGUUCCGAACCCUGCAAAACAUCUUAGAAGUCGAGAAGGAGAAGUAUGGGCCUGAAUGGCCAAAGGUCGGGGCCACGCUGGCAUUGAUGUGGUUGAAAAGAGGUCUGAGGUUCAUCCAGGUGCUGCUGCAGAGCAUCUGUGAUGGGGAGCGUGAUGAGAGCCGGCCCAACCUCAUCCGCGUCAAUGUGACCAAAGCCUAUGAGAUGGCACUGAAGAAGUACCACGGCUGGCUGGUGCAGAAGAUCUUUCAGGGAGCCCUGUACGCUGCCCCGUACAAAUCUGACUUCCUCAAGGCCCUCUCCAAAGGACAGGACGUCCCGGAAGAUCAGUGUUUGGAAAAGGUCCGCCUGUUUCUGGUGAAUUUCACGGCCACCAUCGACAUCAUUUAUGAAAUGUACACCAAGAUGAACGCCGAGCUCGAUUACAAGGUGUAGCCUCCGCCCGGGGCUCCCCUGCCCAGGCACCGUCCCGAGCCACUGCUCUCUAAAAGCACCCAAAUCACUGUGAAAUGAAUUCAAGGACUGCUGUCUCUCAGCGACUUAGCGAACAUCUCUGGAGUCUUAGGGGACAGCCUGUUUUUAAAAACAUAUACAUAUAUUAUAUUAAAUUAUAUGUAAAAUUUUAAUAGGUUUUCUAUACAAAGAGCAAUAAGAUUUAACCAUCCCAUUUCCACUUUGCCUUAGAAUUUCAGGAGGUCUGGACCAGCUUCAUAGAUCCCUUUAAGUGUGAUCUAGCUGAUUAAUGUUUCUAAUUAAUCAAGUCCUCAGUGGGUUUUGUUUUUGUUUUAUUAUUAUUUCGCAGAGUGAGUGUGUGACUGUGGGGAUACAAUGUACAAUUAGGGGGAAAAUAAACACCUAGACCAUGUAAGUUCACUUUUCAGUGUGAGGCACCUGCUCCCUUGUUUGGCUGGUGUUUGUGUAUUUUAAAAUACAUUAAUGAAAUGCAAUUUGAAAUUAUGUGGGAAAUUUAAAAAAAAAAAAGUGUGUUAUGUCCCUCUUCCUGGCAUCUGCUGCUGCUGCUGCUGACCUCCUUCUGACUUCAGGCCAGAUGUUUUUAAGCCUCCAGAAAAACCCAUAAGCCUCUGACUGGAACCCAGGGUUGGGAUGCUCACUUUGGUGAUGGCCAGACUUUCCUCUAGAGGGCCAUGCUCUGCUUUCCUCUGGAUAACUCUUCCCUUCAGGGACAGUAUUUCCAGCCUAAACUUGUGAUUUGUCUUACUCCAGAGGGAUUAGGUGGGGAGACCUCGGGUCUUGCUGAGACUCAGAGCACCCCCUCCUACCCCCUCCUUUGCCUUAAUUGUGGCUCUUGGGAGCUGCUCAGCUGGGAUCUGGAAUCAUUUUGGUCUCGAGUGAAUUGCUGUGCUGCACUCGGGGAGACUUGGUGGGGGGGGGGGGUGUUGACUUUGAUGCAAAACCAAAAACAACUGGAAUAAUCCUUAUUAAAACUCUAUUUUGAAAUCA